GUUAAGGAAGUGACGUUUGCUUAACCUCAAAAACCCACCUGUUUAUUCACGCUGAGUGUGUUUUGAUUUUACAGACGAUAUUUUGUGAAACAUUCCACUGUUAAAAUGACUGAAGAAGUGGCUAAUAUUGAAACUGAUAACCCCAACAAGAAGAAAGGCCGUAAAAAACGCAAGAACUUCCUCUCAAAUGCGAAGAAAUAUGGUAAAAAGGAUCAAUUUGGUCGCGGAACUAAGAUGACUGAGGAAUUGUAUCAGUACUUCGUCGGGAUUCUUGAUGCAAUGAAGAAAGGAAUAGAGGAAGAAGACGAAAGACAAGCCCUAGUCAAUAACGUACUGGAACGCACGAAAGGUGAAGAGCUCAACAUAGCGGGCAACCAGCUGGGCUGCCGGGUGAUAGAGCUGCUGCUGCCGCUGUCCUCCGCCGAGGACCUUGAGCGGUACAUGGAGGUGCUGGCCCCCGAGCUGCGGAGGCUCUGCGCAGACAACUUCACCAGCCACGUUGUGGAGACGCUACUCCGAGUGUCCUGCGAGCGGGCCACGGAGCACUUACAAGAAACAGAGGUUAAAGAGGAACCAGAACAGGAGCCUCCUAAGAAGAAAAAGAAAAAAGAUAAAAAAUCUAAAUCUAAAUAUACAGAAGAACAUAUUAAGAACUGUUACGAUUUCACAUUAAAAGUUUGUAAAUAUGCACUUAAUAAUUUAGAAGACUUUGUGUGGGACACAUAUGCUAAUCACAUUUUGCGUAGUGCCUUGAAGUGCCUUAGUGGUAUAACUUUACUGCCUGGAGAGAAGCCUAAAGUAAACAUGUUUAUUAUUACAAAGACCCCCAACAAGGGUAUAGCACCCCAUGAGAAGCUUCAGUAUAAAAUAGUGCCUCAGGAGUUUAAGGAUUUAGUUGUAGAAUUCGCCAACAGAUUAUCUUCCUGGCCACAGUUCAAUGAUCUGCCGUACAAGAAUGUGACGUCUGCGUUACUGCAAGUAUUACUCUUUGCAGUCAAAAAUACAGAUAAGGCAUUAACAAAAAAUAUAGUUCAGAAAUUGUUGAAUGAAAGUUUUGCUCCAGACAACUGGAAUAAUGCAGAAGGGAAUGAUGAUAAGAAGGAAGAGAAGGUGGACCUGGAUGCGGAGGGGGAGGACGGUGCCAGUGUACCCUUGCAGAAGACGGAGCUGCCUCCAGUGUUCAGCUGUGAGCCUUCUGUCAGGUGUCUAGAAGCAGCGAUAUUCGUAGCGAAGAAGAAGACGUACACCCAGAUCUACGCGAAGUGCUUCAUCAACCGCCUGGCGCAGCUCGCGGCCAUGCCCCUGCUCAACUACACCGUCCAGCGCCUGUUCGACAACUGCCAGGUUAAGGAGGAGCUCGAGCCCAUGUUCGAGGAGCUGUCGGACCGCUACCCCGCCCUCCUCGCUAGCGGCAACUCCGGCGUGCUGGUGGCGAUGGCGAAGGCGUGCCACAGACUGCAGACCAAGCAGGCGCACUUCCUCAAUAACCUAGAAGCCGCCCUCUGCUGCUCCUCCCCGGAACACCAGAAAUACUUCCCGGUGCUGCUGCUGCGCCUGCUGCCGCUGCCGCGCGUGCGCGUGGACCAGCUGGACACGGAGUACUUCAUACAUGUGCACGGCUCGGUGAUACUGCAGACUGUGCUGGACUUUCAGCGUCCGGCCAAAGCCGUCACCGGUCUCCUAGAGCUGACUCCGGACCAGCUGAUGGUGAUCUUCUGCGACGCGAAGGGCUGCCACGUGGCCGACGCCUUCUUCAAGGGCAGAUUCGUGGGCGUCAAGGCACGGGACAAGAUGGUGUGGAAACUGAAGGGCUACUACCAAAAACUAGCACUCUCCCAGUACGGGUCUCGAGCGUUCGAGCAAGUGUUCGCGAGCUGCACCGUGGAACAGCGAGUCAAGAUCAUGACGGAGAUGGCGGACAAGAGCAACCUCCUCAACGCCUCUAUGUACGGCAGGUUGCUGGCAGACAAACUGCAGUUGAAGCUGUUCCAGAGUAAUGAAGAGAACUGGAAAGCGGCUGUCUGUAAGGACUGCCGGGAGGCCAAGGAUACGGGGAAGAAGAAGCAUAAAUAAAUGACUUUUUAAUGGA